UGCGAAUCGACAACUCUGGACAAAAUAGCGAUUAUAUUUUCGACUUUGAUUUUAUUUGUUGACAAAGAAAAUUCGAAGUUCAUGAUUUCUAUUUGCAACUAAAUAAUUACAGUCAGAAUGAAUAGGUACUAGUGGAAACGGUUUGAUAAUUAGUCAUGCCAGGUUUAGAAGAAAGUAUUUCACGCGAUACCAGUCCACCUACGCACAGCCUAAUGUCCGAUGGAAUCGUCUCUGAGCAAGUGAAAAAAUUUUUGUUUACUUCUCGUAAGACUCAGGACAACAUACAGUGCAACGAGAGUUUAGAGAUUUAUAUCCUCGAGUUACUUCAAGCUAAUUAUAGUUUUUAUACAUGGCCUUCUGCACCUGUAUUAGCUUGGUUUCUUUGGGAACAUAAAGAAGAACUUAUUGGGAAGAGAGUUUUAGAACUUGGUUCAGGUACAGCUCUUCCUGGAAUUUUAGCUAGUAAAUGUGGUGCUAUUGUAACUUUAAGUGAUUCUGCUAGUUUUCCUAGAAGUCUACAGCAUAUAAGAAGAAGUUGCGAAUUAAAUGGUAUUUUAUCUCAAGUUCAAAUUGUUGGCAUUACAUGGGGUCUAUUUUUGUCUAGUUUAUUUUCAAUUGGGCCAUUAGAUUUAAUUCUUGGUUCUGAUUGUUUUUAUGAACCAGCCUUAUUUGAAGAUAUAGUUGUUACAGUAGCAUUUUUAUUAGAAAGAAAUCCAAAUGCAAAAUUCUUGUGUACCUAUCAUGAAAGAAGUGCAGAUUGGUCUAUAGAACAUCUAUUAAAUAAAUGGAAUCUUACCUGCACUCAUAUAUCAUUGGCUGGACUUGGAACAGAUUCUGAUAUAAACAUACAUGAAUUAAUGCAAGAUCAUACAAUUCACUUAUUAAGUAUACAGCGUGCAGCCUAAGUGUCUUUUGCCAUGAUUCCAAGAUAUUUAAUUUCUAUACGUAAUAUUCCAUGGACUGUUUCUCACUCCCAGCUUGAAAAAUACUUCUUAACAUUUGGUAAUG